AUGAACUCAACAGAGAUUUCAUAUUUCAUUCUUGGUGCUUACUUUGACACUAAACAGUUCAAAUACCUGUUAUUUUUAAUCAUUAUGUUUUGGUAUAUUUUAAUUGUUGGUUGUAAUGUUGUUCUGAUUGUGGUUAUCUGCAUUAACAGGAGUUUACAUGAACCUAUGUACAUGUUUCUGUGCAGCCUGUUUGUAAAUGAACUGUAUGGUAGUACAGGCUUGUUUCCAUUCCUGCUGAUCCAGAUUCUGUCAGACGUUCACACUGUUUCUGCUCCGCUCUGUUUCCUGCAGGUUUACAGUCUUCAUUCAUAUGUGGCUGCGGAAUUUUACAACUUAACCAUCUUAUCUUAUGACAGAUAUCUGGCCAUUUGUUUCCCACUGCAGUACAACUCAGUAAUGACAAUGAAGAAGGUUGGUGCUCUGGUUGCAGCAGCAUGGAUAGCUGCAUUUCUUGUAGUUGUAAUCACAGUAUCAUUGAGUUGGACUCUGCAGUUGUGUGACAACAUCAUACACAAAGUUUACUGUGACAACUACUCCAUUGUUAAACUGGCCUGCUCUGAUAUCACAUUUAACAAUAUAUAUGGCCUGCUAACUGCUGCUUUUUCUGUUUAUGUUCCGUUUACUUUAAUUUUUUACACAUAUAUGAAAAUCUUUAAAGUCUGUUUCUCUGGAUCCAAACAGACUCGACAGAAAGCUGUCAGUACCUGCACGCCUCACCUGGCCUCUCUCRUCAACUUCUUAUCUGGAGUUUGGUUUGAAGUUUUACAGAGUAGACUUAACAUGAACAGUGUUCCUAAUGUUGUAAGAAUUGUUUUAUCAUUGUAUUUUCUGAYAUGUCCACCACUKUUUAACCCUUUAAUAUAUGGCCUGAAGUUGUCAAAAAUACGUAACUUGUGGAAAAGUUUAUUAUAUAUUAGAUGGGGAUAG